AUGGAAACCAUCAACAACAUGGCGUCAGCUGCCGCCAACAAGAUCUGGGGCACUCCUGAAUCCAAGGAAGAGCCAAUCUCGGGCCGCUCCGGCAACGUCGGAAAGGGAGAGCCUUAUGACGCCGAGCACAAGGAGUACACCGACGACGCUCCUAGCACGCCGUCCAAAGAGACGCCAGCCCCGACAACAUCAUCAACUAGCAAAUUGCACUCCGAGCUCCCAACCCACGCCGCCGUGCUGUCCGAUAUGCAGCCCAAGGACCCCAACCCGACCACGGUCAAGGACUCGUCCGUGGCCACCGCCGGCGACAGCACCAAGGCGCAGAACGACGUGCGCGAUCCCGCGGACCCUGCCACGCACCACGACAAGGCCGCCGCCAAGGAGAACGUCGACGACACCACCGACGGGCUCGACGUCGGCGACAACCCGGACAAGCUCGACGGGCCCGGCCCGCGCCCGCUCGAGGACGUGGCUAGGGACAACGGCGGAGACGCCGCCAAGGCCUCCCGGUCAGACACUAAAGUAGCAACCGACGCAGACAGCAGCGAAGACGGCCCCCAGAGUACCAGCCACGGCGAGGGCACCGGCGAGCAGUAUGUCAAGUCGUCCGGGCUCAAGGCCGACGGCGGCAACUUUGACGCGUCGGUCCCUGGCGCCGGCCGCGAGGCAGACCGCCUCCUCGAGGAGAAAGGCGUGCACAAGGACGGCCCCAACGGCGGCAUCGUCCCGAACACCAACGACUAUAGCGGCAGCACUGCCACGCCCGCCGUGCACACCAAUGGCUCGGCCGCCCACCCCAGCGGCUCCUCUCCUACCUCACCGACCAAGGAGAAGACUAGUCUCAAGACCAAGAUCAAGGCUAAGCUGCACAUACAUUCGUCAUCUUCGACGGCGGAGUAGGUCUAUCUCUUUUUUUGUUAAGAAGGCUUAAAGAGGGGGGGGGGGUUGCGUUCCUAUUAAUUAAAUAGGGAUUUGUGUUUCGAAUAGGUCUAGGUCAUGAGCAAUGGACGAGGAGUUAGUUUUUUCUUCUGUCCUUCUGGCAUGAUCCUGCGCUGUGUAUUAUUACUAUUGCUCUUAGUGAAUGCGAAUAGGGGAACCAAGUCUUUAAAAACAAGGGUACUCACGUGAGACCGUCGUCACGUCGUGUGGUUUGUUCCUGUGGGUUGAAGGGAGAGAUGUUGAAAAAAAAGGAAUAAUUGAGUUUGGCCUAAAAGCUACCUACCUAC